UUUAUAAAUGAUGGGGAUUUCCUGUACGUAGUGUUUGUCUUAAGCCAUAUCGCGCUAUGAAACUGUCUCGUAUCGUAGGAAUUCUUCCAGGUUUUCUGGAUGUGGAUGACAACUGGGCUUAACAUCUGCCUUGUGUACUAUAAUUGUAAAUUAUAGAUCCACUGCCCAGGGAUGUGAAGAUUAGGUCUUCACUGUGAUGCUAUGAUGAAUAAAUGGACUUUGAACCAUUAUAUAUGCACAUGGAACCAGACCUAGACUUCUAAAAUAAGUGUUCACCAUGAAAUCUACAUGUAACUGAAAACAAAGCAGAGACUUUCUGUAUUAAAAAGUUCUAAGAAUGGAACUCUCCAGAAUGGUAUUGUGGACAUUACAAAAAAUAAGCUGGAGUCAAUUUCUUUCCCCUUCUUUGCUGCUUAUAAUCUGUGGUGAUGUUGAACCCAAUCCUGGACCAUACCAAGAAACACCGGCCAGAUCAGAGGUGAUACGAAAAUUUACUCGCUGUAUACAAUCUGACCUUGUGAAACUGAUGUACGAGGCGAGUAAUGAAAACCCGCCAACACAUUUAUAUGAAAAAGAUCCACCUGGAUGGAGCUCAUUUGAUAUGGAUAUCAAGUUUGAAAACAUUUGUAAUGUCCAAAAGGGAGGGCCCCAGAUAUUUGAUAAACUUAUAAAACUCAUAGAGGAAAAGGUCCGGAAAAUUCCAAACCACAUAUUAGACGUGAUUAACUGUUACAAACGUCUAAGUCAUCCCAAGAUGCGCAGGAAAAGUGCAGAGGCAGACAAAUUAAAGGAGACCCUAGAAAAUUACAUCUCUAAGUCAAAGGUGAUGAAGCAUAGCGAGGAAAUUUUGAAAACUAUGAAUGAGAGCUUUCUGAUUGAUGUUCUACGAAGAGGUACGGAGCUGGCAAGACAAGGGUCUUUGCCCUCUCCUGCUGGGCUAAACAACGUCCUUGAUGCCAUUAAUGAUUUAAUUAAUGCAGUGGAACAAACAACCGAAGAAAAGCUACCAACUGGCAAGAAAAGAAGCUUGUCCAUUGAUAACCAAGAGGCAGCUUACAAGAUAAAGCAAAUGAAAAAAAGAAAAGGUCUGUCUGCGUGUAGAUUUGCAGGAAAGGGAAAGGUGAUGUCAAAGGGAAAAUCAAGAGGGGGAAAGAAAAAUGGAAAGAUUGUUGCUCAGUUCGUGGGGAAGGAUGUAGAGCCCCACGGCUCUGAAAGACUAUCAACUAUCACUGAAAAUAAUGGUGUCGAGCAGAACAAUUCUACAUGGGGAUUUCAAGGAGAAACGCAUCACACGAACGAGUUCUACACUCAAAGUCAGCUGGAGUCCCCACCACAUUCACAGGGAGUUUUGGACGAUUUGUUUCCAGACAUUACAUCGCUAUUGCAUAACUCCUAUCAGAAUGAAUCUUCAUCUGAUUACUGGAUAAAUCCGCCCGUUACCAAAGAUCCGGUUUUCAACAUCCCUGUAGAAAUAUCACCUGUGGAUAGUACAUCUCUUCUCAGUUACACUACUAUUGAUGGGACUGUUGACUGUGAUACCUUUCCUCAGGAUGUAGAUUCUACCUUCAUUCCUUCUAUUGAGUCACCUCCCUAUCAGAGUCAAAGCAUCAUCACAGAUCAACUUUUAGAACAAAACCCACACCUGUACAGCCUUAGUACAUUAGAUUUGGAUACUGAAUUUAGUGCUUUGGAAAAUACAUGUGGCAGCUUAAUAGACAAUGGUGAUCAAGAAUUGUAGAUCAAACCAAAACCUGCAAUUCAUUUUAAAAGAUUUUUGUUGUGAUUUAUACUCCAUCAGAUGAUGAGUUAUUUAUGAAAUUUAUCAAUUUCAGAUAAUUUAUUUUUAAUUUUUGUUUUUAUUCAUCAUCAACAUGGUGUAUAUUUAUGCAGGUUGAAUACUGAUAAUUUAUACCAGAUACGCAAUAUAAUGACACAUGAGAUUUAAUUUUAUAUUUAUGUACUUACAUUUUAUAUAUGCAUAUUUUUUAAAAGAUGUAUAUACCGUUUUUAACUAUUUAAGUUUAUGUACAGUGAUAUGAUAAAGAAAUCUGAAUCUAUGCCAAUGUUGACUGUUGUUACUUUACACAAUGUGUAAAUCUGAUCGACAGGACCAGAGCUGUUUUGUAAACUAUUUUUCUUUGUACGAUACACCAGUGGUGUAGUUGUACUGUAUUUGACGAUCUCUUUCCCGAAACAACCAGUGGCAACUUUAUGAUCUGUUGAAUUUUGUAAUUGCAAGAUGUACAAAUAAAGACUGAAAAUAUC